GUUGCAGUGCGCUCCAGGGUUCGCGCCAGCUAUGUUCCCACAUCAUGUGAUGUUGUUGAGCGCAGCAGCCACGGCAAGGGAGACACUGUGCGGAUCAGUGUGUGGAAUAAAAGGUAUCCCAGAGACAUGUUCAUCAUCCUCCGACCAGCUCAGGUUGUCACUCGUAUGGUAACUUACAGGUGGACAGAAUCAGGACUCUUUGAGGGGCUUGGCUUGUGGUUUUGUAAGUGUUCUCGAUCUUUACUGUAACUCUUGGCUAACUAUGUGAGCUCAUGCUAGCUCGAUAGUAUCAACACUGACCGAGGCUGAAGCUGGGGCGCAGCAGCAGCAGCGGAGGAGCCUCCGAGCCGACGAUCAUUUCCGACAGCCCCGUAUGGAUUUGACGUCGGCAUACAUUGUUGCUUGAUGUUUCACAAAGGGUCGAUCGCAGGUGAUUUCGAAGAUGGGGGAUCCUUGUGACCUUAAGCACUUCGUAAAGUGUGGCGUCACUUUGGAGGGCUCAUUUCUCUGAUUUGGAUUAUUCUUGGCCAGCAGCCUCUUCAGGCCUUCUAAUCCUAGACGAGUUUCUCAAUGGACUCUCUUCUCAAGUCAGAGAUCAGAGAGGAGGGAAGUGGUGCCUCAGUAAAAGUAGAGGGCCUUUCCAAGGCAGCCCUAAUCAAGAGCCUGUCUCCCAGAGUCAUGCUGUCCAACCAUCUCCUGCCUAAAGGUACCAAGAUGAAGGUCAACCUUGAGGAUCAGGGUCGUCAGAAAGUGUCCUUCAGCUUCGCACCCACCAAGAAACCACUGCAGAGCCCGUUCUUCAUCCCCUCCAGCACAGACAAGUCUGUCGCUGAACCACCCUCGCCCUUGUCACCGUCAGCCCCAGACAAAGGAGGACAGAAUACAGAUGGCAAAACUGAGCAAAAGCAGUCACCUGUGCCAACAUCAAAAGCAGAGGCACCUUCUCAAACACCUGUCUCCUCAGCUGCUAAACAGAAAACGGAUUUAGCAAAGAUGCAUUUUAAGAAGCAAAUUCUCAGUGUCUCUGUGACUGAAGAGACACCAACAUCUGUCGUGCCAGAGGAGCCACACUCCCCUGAAUCGCAGGUUCCACAGACAUCAGCAAGUAAGUGUGUAACUGAAUUCCCAACACCCCAGCCUCAGAAUGUUGUCAGUGUAAGCCCCUCUGAAAACGCGCACAUCGAAGCAUCUGAAACGAGGGUAACCCCUAGCCUCAAGAAGCCUGCUGCUUCCUCAGGGAAGGAUGGAGAGAGUUCCAGCAGCACUGAGCAGGACAGUACGGUAUACAAAAGGAAAACCAGGUCUCAAUCUAAUAGUGCUCCCCUUGGGUCAGAAUCUGAUGGGGAUUCAGUCCAGAUGUCUUCCAGUCGCAAAUCAGUUGACUCCAAAAGUAAAACGAACACUGACAGCAGAAGCAAAGAAGUUAAAAAGUCUUCCUCUGGUUCACAUGUUGAGGAAAAGGAGAAAGGUUCUUCUAAGCGGUCAGAGAAUCAUGAAAGGUCUUCUAGUUACUCCAAAUCGGACCGUGACUGUAGACACACAUCAUCACGCUCAUCUCGAUCUGACAAAGAGCGCAGAAGGACCAGGUCUAGAUCAAGGUCUAGAUCAAGAGGGUCUCGAACAAGUUCAUCUCACUCCAGAUCAGAGAGAUCCAGAGGUGACAGAGGAUCACGCUCGGAGCGGUCUUACUAUCAUGAGCCUGACCGGAGAUCACACAGGAGUUCUCCACGUAGAGAAAGAAGACGUUCUCGUUCUCGCACUGACAGAACUCGGGACAGUUCUGACUCUGAGGAUGACCACAGGAAGACGAGGACAAGGACAAGUGACUCUAGCAGAUCGUCUGCUCAUUCAAGCUCAUAUAAAGAGUCAAAAUCAUCUUCCUAUUCAAAAUCUGAGAAAGCCUCCAAAUCUGCAGAUUCCCCCCAUUCCUCAGAGUUGGAUAAAAGAACACAAUCAUCAAAGUCUGAAAGGACUUCAAAGCGAUUAUCAGACUCUGAUUCCCAGCGCAAGUGCUCUCCUGAUCUGGACUCCAGUUACCGUAAAUCUAGCUCCCAUCACAAGUCAGAGACCAAUAGCAAAUCCUCUUCUUCCAGUACACAUACCCACUCUCAGACAAACGAAAAACGCCAAAAAAGCAGCUCUAGUGACUCUGAGGCCGAUCAUAAAGGGAAAUCACAGACCUCUGACAAAAGCUCUGGCUCUGAGGAGAACUGUAAAAACUCUCAAAAGAAAUCCAGUAGGUCGGACACAAAGCAGAUGACCCCUUCUAGAUCUUCUGUGAAAACCAGCGGACAUGAUAGACAAUCAGAUGACAUAUUUCACAGCCCUGACAAAGCACCGCCAUCUGCAAACACCACAGAAUUAUGUUCUCAGAGUGAAAAGGAAAAACCCGAUUCCCAUCAAGGUGGAAACGAACAAAGUAAUCAGGCUUUUAAGGAGAUGGUCUUGUACACUGACAAGAGUUUGCAAGAAUCUUCAUGCAAGAGAAAAGAAACAAAUUCAGGUCUUGAAGCUGAGAAUGAAAAUGCCUCAACUUUAACCUCAAGUGAAAGCCUAAAGCAUGUAAAUGCCACCCUGGAAAACUUGACCAAUGAGAAGGAUAGCCUUUCUUCUAAUAACCGACCACAUGUGAACUCAGAUGCAGCUGUCUUAAAUUCAUGCAGUAGUAACGAUAGUAUAAUGUGCAGCCAGGACAAGGAAGUUGUUGAAUGCUCACCAGAGCCAACACCCUUACUUGAUACAACAGAUAAACAUGUUACAUAUGAUGUCCAGCAGAACACUAAGCCAGAUAUCAUUGAGCCGAAUGAGGUUUGGCCAGUCGACAGGCAGUGUGGUACAAGUGUGCCGCUCAAAUCUGAUCCAUCAUGUCUUGAAUCUGAGAGUCAGCUAACACUCGAACAGCAAAAUGUGGAUGCUGUUAAAAAGAGCUGCAGUUCGGCCAGAAAGUCCAGGUGGGACAUUGUUGGGCAGGACACUUCGGAGAGUGAUAAUUCACAAAGGACGCUUUGUGCAGAGAGUAAGCCUACUGUUAAAAAAGUGAUCUCUGUCAAAAAAAUAGAGUUUUCUAAAGAAAAUAGCCAACAAGACUCAGACUUUAAAGAUACUAUUCAGCAGGAGGCUGAAACACAUUCCAAACUGGUGAAGCAGAUUGAGAUCUCUAAGCAGGAAGUCGGCUCAGCCAGCACAUCUAUUACCGACAGACACAAAGACCAAAGUGAGCCUUUACGUGAAAGCACCAGCAUUGACCAAUGUGACUUAAAACUGAGUGUUUCUCAGAAAACAAACACAGAUUAUCCUCUGCACAUAAAUGAUACAUCGCAGGUCGACAAAUCUGCAAAAAUGCAGAGCUGGAAUGGAGAUGGUCACGAAGAAAAAUCCAAGGACAAUGUUCAUAAGAGCAAAUUAAGUAAGAGAAGUGCACUAAAUCAGGAUGCAUUUGGAGGUCAGAGUGAGGCUAGUGACAGUGACAACUCGGAGUAUGACUCUGAUUGUGGAGAGGCUAUAAAACGUCUGCACUCUGUGGUGGUGGUGCCAAAGAAUUCAUCCCUAACAAUGGAUCCACAAAACUCGGGAGCUUCGUCAUGCACUCCAAUGAAUAGUUCAGAAUUGCAGAAUGCUAAUUUAGCAGCUGACGUUAAUAUCAGUGAAGUCCCAGAACAAAGGCUGGGGAGUUCUUCCACUCAGGAGACCAGUGGUCUAUGUGCUGGUGUGACUGAUUCAUUAAGUAUGUUGUGUCAGUCCCAGAGUAAUAUGAUUGAUAGCACCAGUCACUCGGAGAGCUCCAGCUCCAUCAGUGCCCAGUCUUACAUGGCUGGUCAUAUCAGUGCCCAUGAAAGUGUCACAGAUCCCGCCCACAGCCUUGAUAAUUCCAGACAGUGUGAGACAGGGCAGAAGCAGCAUACUGUAAACAGCAGAGGUGAAAGGAUAUUUUCCCAUUACCAGCAAGGGGAGUUCUCCAGUGCUGAGAAUAUCACUGACAAGAAUGGUUUCAACCUGGGUUGGGAUUUUUCACAAACGGAACUGCCCAGUAGUACAUACCAGCAGCCUGAUAGCAGUCAUGGCCCACAGUUACUGAACACUAAACUGACAGGAACCUCUCCCCAGGACCAGGAGCACAUGCAGAGUAAUGCUUCCUGGAACCACCAAUCCCCUAACAUGCAGACUAGCAGAAAAACCUACCUCCACAUGCAUGAGCAUUAUCAGGAUCCCGCAGGUGAUAUCCAUCCUGACUCCCUAACCAAUGACCACGAGGACUACAGUGGGGAGAAAUCAUCUGAUCUCAGUAAAACAGCUGUUGAAUGCAUUGGACCUAUCACUCCUGGGUCAUCAAGCUUUGUACAAGGUUAUGAAAUAAGCAGCAACAGCAGAGGCUCUGUUGUGCCCGACCCCCCUAAAGAAGACCAUUUUAGACCCCACAGAGGCCGGGGCCCUCCAAAGAAAAGGCGUCCGGAGAUUGAGUCAGAUUCCGACAAUGAGGCAGAAGCUGGGCCUGCAGGCAAGAGAGAGCGACAAGCAGAUACCGAUGUACCUAAAGAAAGCCAUGUCAAAGCUGAGGUGCAGCGUCCAUCACUCACACUGCAAGACUUCCAUGACUCCAAUAAAUGGAAAGAGUUAUCCAAGGCUAGGAAGAUGCCCCCAUACUUUGACCUGAUCGAGGAGAACCUCUAUCUGACCGAGAGAAAGAAGAGCAAAUCUCACAGAGAUAUUAAAAGAAUGCAAUGUGAGUGCCCGGUGCUGCCCAGAGAGGAGCGGUCAAGGGGAGUGUUAGCAUGCGGGGAAGACUGUUUAAACCGGCUGCUGAUGAUUGAGUGCUCUUCACGGUGCCUGAAUGGAGUCUACUGCUCCAAUCGACGCUUUCAGAUGAAACAACAUGCAGACUUCGAUGUUAUCCUCACCGAAGACAAGGGCUGGGGACUAAGGGCAGCUAAAGACUUGUCUUCAAACACUUUUGUACUGGAGUACUGCGGGGAGGUGUUGGACCACAAAGAGUUCAAAACAAGGGUGAAAGAAUAUGCUCGCAAUAAGAACAUCCACUACUACUUCAUGUCUCUAAAGAAUAAUGAGAUCAUUGAUGCAACGCUGAAGGGUAAUUGCUCUCGGUUUAUGAACCAUAGCUGUGAGCCCAACUGUGAGACCCAAAAGUGGACUGUAAAUGGCCAGCUAAGAGUUGGGUUCUUCACCACCAAGGCUGUCGCUGCAGGAACAGAACUGACCUUUGACUACCAGUUCCAGAGAUAUGGCAAAGAAGCACAGAAGUGCUUCUGUGGAGCUCCCAGCUGCAGAGGCUUCUUGGGUGGGGAGAACAGAGUUAGUGUUCGGGCAGCUGGAGGGAAGAUGAAGAAAGACCGCAGUCGAAAGAGUGCUCUCACCACGGUUGAUGAGGAGCUGGAGGCAUUACUGGAGAAUGGAGAAGGCCUGUAUGAUGAGAAACAGGUGGUGUCUCUCUGCAGACUGAUGGUCCGAGUGGAAACCAUGGAGCAAAAACUCAUCUGCCUCAAACUCAUACAAGACACUCAAAAUCCAUCCUGCCUGAAGCAGUUCCUGGACCAUCAUGGAUUGUCUUUGCUGUGGAUCUUCAUGGUGGAGCUUUCUGAAGCUAAAGGCAACAGUGCCAAUAACACCAAACUGCAGUUAGAGAUUAUGAAGACCUUAGCUGUGCUGCCUAUCUCUACUAAAAACAUGUUGGAGGAGAGCAGAGUGCUGACCUUCAUUCAGCGAUGGGCCCAGACAAAACUUCUCGCUCAGCCUGCCGAGUUGGAUGGUUACUCCAGUGAGAACACCUCUCGUGCUCAAACGCCCCUCAACACUCCCGAUGGUUCUUCCACCAAAAUGGGACCAGAACUGGAUGGUGACACGUCCAAACCUGCUGUGUACCGCCGCCUUAAGAUCAUCAGUGAAAACAGUCUGGACAGUGCACUCUCAGAUGCUAGCAAAGCAUCAGAUGGGAAAGAGGAAGAGGAGGACGACGAUGAUGAGGAAGAAGAGGAAUCCUCACAAGCCGGACUUCCUGAUGCCAAACCGUUGAAGGUCGACCCUGUGUGUGAAGCUGCAGAUCCAACAGAAGGAACAACGGAAGAGUUGGUGAAGGAGGAGAAAGACGAAGAGAUUGAGAUGAAUUCAAGCAGUCAACUCCAGCCUCAAACUGAGGAGGUAAAAGAAGAAACAGAACCGAAAUUGGAGCAGGAUAUCGAGAUGCAGGAGGACACGAGUGAGUGUCAGACAGAUGAACCCGAGGGCCCAAAAGAGUCCAGUGAAGAACGGGAGAUUGGGGAGGAGCAGAGCAGUCAGGCGGCAGCAGAAAAGGCUGAACUUGAAGGAAACCAGCCUACUGUGAAUGUUCUCGAGGCAGAGAGUCAGUCCAUCCAAACAGAUGGUGCUGAUUUUUCAUCUGAGCAGCCUUCAGAGACAAUGGAAGUCCAGGCAGAGAUGCAAGAGGCUGAGAAACCUCUUGUCAGUGAGGCUCUGCCUGGUGAAUCUACUGCUGAUGCUGCCCCAAGCUCUGAAACCCCAGAGGCCAGUAUACCAUCUGAGGUCAUAGCGACCCCUGUGGACCCAUCAGUGAUGGGAACUCCAUCUCAAGAUGAAGAGGAGGGUGUCUCAGAUGUGGAGAGUGAGAGGAGUCAGGAGCCCCAACUCAGUGUCUUGGACAUAAGUGGCAUGGCUGCCAGGCUUCUGGAAAGUUGGAAGGAUCUGAAGGAGGUGUACAGAAUACCAAAGAAGAGUCAGGUGGAAAAGGAAGCCAGUGAUCGCAGCCGAGAUCGAGAUGCGGCUUUGACGCCACGCACCCCUUCUGGUAGCCGAGAACGUGAAAGGGAGCGGGAAAAAGAGAGGGAACGCGACAGAGACUAUGACCGAGACAGGGAUCGAGACUGGGAUAGAGACAGAGAUAGAGACAGGGACCGAGAUAGAGAAAGAGACAGAGAUAGAGAUCGGGACCGGGACCGGGAUCGAGAAAGAGACCGGGACAGAGUCUCUGACAAAACUCCACGCAGCACAGAGAGACGGAGGAGACGCUCCUCUUCGCCACCCUCAUCCUAUGAGAGGAGCACGCGACGCACUGAGGAACGGUUUGACUCAUCUAACACCAACAAGACUCCAAGGGGAGCUGCUGCCAAGGAGCGCAACAAGCUGUCCACAGAGGAGCGCAGAAAGCUGUUUGAGCAGGAGGUCGCUCAGCGGGAAGCCCAGAAACAACAACAGCUUCAACAGCAGCAGCAGCAGCAGCUUCAAACUAUGGCCUAUGACCCCGCUCUGGCUUAUGCCUCCAGCCCUGGCUUCAUCGCAUACCCUCCUGGAUAUCCCAUCCAGACCUUUGUGGAUCCAUCCAACCCCAAUGCUGGCAAGGUACUGCUACCCACCCCUUCGGUUGAGCCCACCCUGGCCUAUGAACAGACUCCUCCCCAGCGUCUUAUCUCAGACAUGGGACUGACCUCUCCAUCCUCCACUUCUCAGGCCACUCCAGUCUCUAAUCUCUCUCAGCACAUCACCACCACCAACCUCACCACCGGCAACCCUCAGCAGUAUGCGCAGCCAACUGUAGCCGCCCAGGACGCAGGCGUAGCUGUCCUCUCUGUGCCAGCCCAAACGGCCCCUCAGGUACAGGGUCAGCAGAGCUACACCACUCUCUGGGAUCCAACUACUCAGCAGGCAGUGACUGUACAGACGCAACCUGCACAGCAGUAUGCCACAGCCCCAGCACCGCCUCAGACACAGACGGCUAUCUAUUACCAGGGCCAGCCAUGCCAAACCAUCUACAGCAUCCCCGCCGCCUACCCUCAGGCCAACACUCCAGUUAUACAGGCAUACACUGAACCCUCAGCCAGCUACCUGCAUGGCCAGCCGGUGUAUCCUGGUCAUCAGCAGGGAGUGGUGGUGCAGCAGGGAGGCACUGUUACUACCAUUGUCACAUCUCAAACUGUCCAACAGGAAAUGAUUGUACCCAACAAUGUGAUAGACCUGCCUCCUCCCUCUCCCCCCAAACCCAAAACUAUCGUCCUACCUCCCAACUGGAAAGUGGCCCGGGACCCUGAAGGCAAGAUCUACUACUACCAUAUUGUUACAAGGCAAACACAGUGGGAUCCUCCAACCUGGGAAGGAAGCAGUGACAACACUAGUGUUGACCAUGAAUCAGAGAUGGACCUGGGAACACCUACCUAUGAUGAGAAUCCUUCCAAGUUCUCCACAAAGACCGCUGAGGCUGACACUUCCAGUGAAUUGGCUAAAAAGAGUAAAGAGACGUUUCGCAAAGAGAUGUCCCAGUUCAUAGUGCAAUGUCUAAAUCCUUAUCGGAAGCCAGACUGCAAACUUGGACGCAUCAGCAACACAGAAGACUUCAAACACCUGGCGAGAAAGCUAACUCACGGAGUCAUGAAUAAGGAGUUGAAAGCUUGCACCAAUCCCGAGGACCUCGAGUGUAACGAGAACGUGAAGCACAAGACCAAGGAGUACAUCAAGAAGUACAUGCAGAGAUUUGGCUCCGUGUACAGGCCCAAGGAGGACACAGAGGUGUACUAGCCUCAGAGGCCACGCUCGCUCUUCGCUGACACCGGAGAAGCACAGAUCUGCCUUUCCAUUCACUCCUUCAUGUACGUACUGGCUAGCCUGGACCGUGAAGUAGUUUAUGACGCGUAUUUAUGACUAAAAAUUGCACUGCUGCCCAAGAAGCUCUCCAGGCCCUAGGGAUCGCUGAGGAGCCCCGUUCAAGUGACUGCUGGAGACUCGAGCGUCGCUGAACGAGCCGAAACUCCAGGUGCAAGUGGGUGCAGUGUUCACGACAGAUGACACUGCGGGGUGCUACAGAGACUAACGUUUUCACUGACUGUUUGAUUUUAAGCAUUUUCGGAUUUUUUUUUUUUUUUUUUUUCCUCUUCCAUUUGUUGCUCUUAAAUGUUCCAGAGAUGAUCACCUAAAUUCCACUUUUUAAACUCUUCUAGUCAUGAAUGAGGAUUUCUCAACGGAAUCAACUUUUGGUAUCAUAUUUAUCAAAGUCUGUUUGUUACUUUCCACUGUUAAAAACAGAUCAGUGACUAAACGAUUAAACAGUCCAGUUCUUUUCUUCUCCCACACUUCCUUUUUCUUGCGCACGCUUCAAUCCCCCCACCCCCCCACCCACCCCCACUGACUCUGUAUCUGGUGCUGCUUUUAACUGAGCUGUGGAGGUCCAAGCUUCCACUCCUCAAACCCUGCCUUCUUAACCACAAGACUUUGGAGCCUCUGUUGUUUUAUGAAUGCAUGAAGUAGGCUGAGGUCAGCGUGGCAUCCUUAUGGAAAUUCCUACAUUUUCCAUGUCUCCUCCAAGUAAUGUGCCCUCACCGGAUGAGCUUUUUACUCACGAUACACUUAGGGAUCAGCCUAUAACCAGCAGGUUGGCCGUGGGGUUAGUGAUCAAUCUUUCCGUGUCUUUUAUCAAUUUAUGUAUAAUAUCCGGGAGCAGGGUUUGAAUGCUAUGUUUGAUGUGCUGUUAAGAUGUGUAUCGAUUUUUUUUUUUUUUUUCCCCCUCACUUCCUGUCCAACAAUUUCUCCCGCCCUGUUUCCUCGUCUAACCGGAGUAAUGCUGAAAAUGAAGUUUGUAGCAUUGCAGUUUUAACCGUUUCUAAACAUCUUGUGUGUUCUGGUUCUUUUUAUCAUUAAGAUGUCCUAGUGAGACGUUCGAGACACUUCGGUUGGCCUGCUGUUGCUGUUGCUCAUUAAUUUCUGAGAUUUUUACAGUCAUCAUGGUAGGUUCAUUAGCAUAGUUUGUUGAAGCCUAUUAAAUUGCAUUAAACAAAGUUCCACAUAUGUACAUUGCUUUAUAUGUGAAUAUAUUGAAUAAUAGUUUUGGGAAUGUUUAAAUAAACAGACACUUUGUAAAAA